AUGACAGAAACCAAUAUGCGAUUAGAGGACUGGCUGGAUGACCUAUGUGUCCGGUUCAUUGUAAACCUUCCAAGAGAAGAGCUUGAGUCCGUCGAGCGAAUAUGUUUCCAGGUGGAAGAAGCCCAGUGGUUCUACGAGGAUUUCAUUCGGCCGCUUGACCCAAACUUGCCGUCUCUCAAACUCCGCGAGUUCGCACUGCGCAUCUUCCAGCACUGCCCGUUGAUGUCACAAUGGUCUCAUUACCAUCACUCCACCGCAUUUUCCGAGUUUUUGGCAUACAAGACAAGAGUACCGGUGCGUGGGGCCAUUCUCCUCAACCAAGAGAUGGACGAGGUAGUGCUCGUCAAGGGCUGGAAGAAGGGUGCAAACUGGUCGUUCCCUCGUGGUAAAAUAAAUAAAGAAGAGAAGGAUCUGGAUUGUGCUGUCAGAGAAGUCUACGAAGAGACUGGAUUUGACAUCAGGGCCUCUGGACUUAUAAAGAAUGAAAAGGACAUCAAGUACAUUGAAAUACCGAUGCGUGAGCAAAAUAUGCGACUAUACGUGCUACGGGGCGUACCGAAAGAUACCCACUUCGAGCCCAGGACAAGGAAGGAGAUCAGUAAAAUAGAGUGGUAUAAGCUGUCCGACCUUCCAACCCUAAAGAAGAACAAGCAACAGGAAAACAUACCCUACCAAAACAAUAACAAGUUCUACAUGGUUGCGACGUUCCUGGGCCCUCUUAAGAAGUGGAUUGCUAAACAGAGGAAGCUAGACCAGGCACGGGGUUCACAUCCUAACAUAGCCCACGAGGAAGUUGGUGGAAGCUUAAUAACCGAGGAUGAAGGAGUGGAAGAUCACCAAGACAUCACCGGCGGGUAUCCAAAGCACCAGGUUUCGUCUAUCUCAGUCCCGCCACCUCUUCAUUCCGAUCUACCUGAAGUUUCCGCACCUCUUGAUCCGUCUGCCCAUUUGAAACGACUGCUUAACAUUGGAUCCGUCACGCCUACUACCGCUUCUAGCCAACCCGAGCUUGAUCGCCAGCAUCACCAACCUCAACGCCAUGCCUCAAAUGUAGAUAAAGGGAAUGCCCUUCUACAGUUACUUAGGAAAGGAUCUGAAGCCAACCCUCCUGAUAACCCUCCCCUUGCUCCCAUCCCGGUAUAUCCUAGCAGAGCACUCCCGACUGUACAUUCCCAGCAAACCACACCACAGCCAGUGGCUGGUCAGAAUGCUCCUCCUACAAGCUUUAAUUCUGGAAAUCAGUAUCCCCAGCACCCGCAAAACCCUCCUCAUAUGGAUUACACUCCUCGAGCCGCAUAUAAUGAUUACUCGGAACAAAAAUCUGCCCGGUCUCAACACAGCUAUGUGGGACAAAUGCCACAUCAAGCUUCUCACGAACAAAUUAAAGCACCAUUCACCGCAUAUCCGCCGCCAUUACGUCAAAUUAGCUCACAACCACCAACCUUUAACUCUCAGCAUGUACCUCCACCGUACCACCGCACCGGAGAUCCGCAAUUCGCCUCAAACCAGCACCCCCAAACGAAUAUGCCCUCUGUGCCGCCAGCGAAUGCGCUGCCGUUGCCAAAACUUAACAGCCAUUCACUCGCCCUGCUUAGCGUCUUCAAAGGUGAUAACGUUAAGAAUACUGCUAUGGUACCAAGUGCCAUACCGUCUCCCCCGGCUGAAGCACUGCCCGAAGAUGAUGCAAAAACCCAGCACAAAAACCAACUUCUGAAAAUGUUGAAACAGUCUAGUAGCUCGCUUCCUCGAAAUGGCAGCGUUUCACGCCCACCGGGCCGCGUUGAACUUGCGACACAAAACAGCCCAAGAAUACAGGACCAAACUGUUAUGCAACCCACUGGGCUAUCUUUAGAUGGCCACACCAAAGCGCCGGUGAUAUUGCAAAACCCGCAUAGGCCUAGGACCCCUACUCAGUCUUCUGUAGGAAAGACGGCAGCUACUCUAUCUGCACCUCUAAACCUCCCUAAUUUUGAAGGAAUUGCCAAGUCACCACGUAGCCCACGCCGGCAGAAGCAUGCUUCGGCUCAGGCUUCCACUCUAAAGAAUAUCAAAAUCCUCCCCCGCCCGGUAUCAAACAACAACGAGGAUGUCCCGGUGGCAACAAAAACCGAAAGCUCUUCUCCGACCCCACCCAGGCCAAAUGUCAAGCUUUCGGAGCUCACGAAGCCGUUCAAGCCUAAAAUUCUUCGCCGCCCUGACAAGGAUAACCUUGAUGCCUACCUACCUACUUCCACUGUUACUGUGAGUGCUUUCUCGAAGCCAGAACAGCUGACGGCAGCCAACGAGAAUACGGCGAAGCAGACCAGGCUGCAACCACAGUUCGAUCAAAGACCAAACCAAUCAGCCGCUCAGAAAGAAACGCUGCUUUCUCUCUUUAACAAAGACACUACUGCUCAGUCAGCCUCUGGACAGCAGGAGAUGACGAGGCAGACCAGAUCUCCGGUUCUAGUUUCCCCUCCUUUUUCAACUCUUAUCAGCCCUACCACUGAUCCGCUCAAUAGCCCUAAAGAACCUAUCAGGGGCAGUGGAUCUGAAAAACAAAGCAGUGCGACGUCCUCGACUAACCAGGCGUUCUUACUGGGGUAUCUAGAGGGAGUUGCCAUGGGCAGGAAAUAA